AUGAAAUUAAGCCAGACAUUACGGCAUUCACAGAAACGUGGCUUACAGAAGAUAUCGCAGAUUCAGAAAUAUCACUUAGAGGAUAUCAGCAAUUCAGAAGAGACAGACUUGGUCGAGGAGGAGGAGGAGGAGGAGGAGGAGGAGGAGGAGUCAAAAUGUAUGUCACUUGCAAGCUGAGCGCUAUGGUUGAUGUACGUAGUCUGGUACGGGAUGUGGAACUGCUAAGCGUUACCAUAACUGCUAAGAAUUUCCGAUCACUGACGCUUUCAGUGAUGUACCGUUCACCUAACCAUAUUUCUGACCAAGAUCUCAUGCUCCUGACUGAACUAAACAAAGUCAGUGAGAAGAUGUCCUUAUCGUUGGGGAUUUUAACGCUGCUGGCAUUGAUUGAUUAAUGUGGACUGCACAAGGGCCGAAAGACAGCUUUAAUCUCAAAGUACUACAAUGGGCAACGGACAAACGUCUCUACCAGGAUGUUACAUUUGGAAUAUCGGCCAGGGAAGGACAGCAGUCAAACUCCCUUGAUCUUAUUUUCGUCCGAGAGGAGGAAAAUGUGUUAGAUCUGCAGGACCGACCGCCAUUAGGGUCAAGCGAUCAGAUCACUGUCUACUUCGAGUACUCACUGUUUUACAAACCCUUUCAACCCGAUAGAUGGGAGAGCAACAUUUGGAAAGGGACUAUUCUUUCACCUGUAUCAUGGGAGACCGAACUGCGUUGUCGGGUAAACGACAACUGGAAUACUAUAAGUUCCUCACUAAAUUUGGUUAUUUAAUAUAAUCGUCCUCUCAGAAGAAAGACAAUCAAAAAUCGCCCAAAUGGAUACACUCGGACUUAAAGGUCUUUUUUAGAAAAAGGAAUCGUCUGUGGAGGCGUUACAAACAAACUGGCUCCGAAGGACAAUUGCAGGAAUGUAAGCCACAACGAAACGUUUGUAAAAUUGAGGCUUCAAAGCUGCGAAGGAAGUUCGAACUGAACAUACUACGAAAUUCGUUGGAGCAUUUGAAAAUAAUAUGUGACUAAAUAUGAAAUACUAAAUGAAUUCAGGAGCUGAUCCCUGCCAUAAGGUUUGCAGAUGGAAAAGCGGAAGCUGAUUACCAGGUUAAAGCGUCCCUGCUUUCCGACUUCAUUCAGUCGGAUUUCGCCCGAGAACCUAGUUCUAUAUUUGCCCAUCCAUCCGUUCGCCAAACACCCUCUCCUUCUAGUGCCUUCACCCCCCCCCCUUUACCCUCCUAAACCGAGGAACCACUCUUUCCAUCUACCAUAGUUAGGGCCGAACUACUCCGGCUGAAACCUACCACAUCGCAAUGUCCCGGUGGCAUUCCCGCACGAGCACAUCGUGGACUUGCUAAUAAACGGUGCAAACCCUUAUCCGCAAUAUUUCAAAGGUCAUUUGAAGACGGCGAGCUCCCGAAAGGAUGGAAGUGCGCACUCGUUACUCCGAUCCAAAAGACAGGUUCAAGACUUGACUGCGGAAAUUAUCGACCCGUCAAUCUUACUUGCAUCGCGUGUAAAAUAAUGGAACGCAUUAUCAAAAGACACUUGAUAAAAUACUGAAACAGAACAAAAUAUUGUGUGAUGCUUAAUAUGGCUUUAAUCCAAGGCGCUGCUGCCUAACGAGUGUUCUCAACUCGCACGAGAAAUGGACACGAGCUACCGAUAAGGAUUUGGCAGUAGAUGUCAUAUUUUUUGACUUCAAGAAGGCCUUUGACAUUGUCCCACACAGGCCUCUUUUACAGAACAUCUGGGAUGUAGAAAUUGAAGGAAGAAUGCUUAAAUGGAUCAGGAGUUUUCUGUCCUUCAGAGUGCAAAGCAUCGUCGUUGGUAACUCUACCUCGGGAUGGGCAAAUGUGGAAAGUGGUGUCCCACAGGGUUCUGUCUUAGCUCCAGCACUUUUAGUGAUUUAUGUUAAUGACUGUAUCGGCGAAGAGAAUUACAAGGCUCUGAUGUUCGCGGAUACCAUAAAAGUAUGGAGUGGAGCUAAGUGCAAUGAUGACGCAGAGAAGUUGCAGUCGAACAUCGGCAAACGGUGUGCUUGGUCGAACAGAUGGCUUUUGAAGUUUAACGUGUCCAAAUGCGUGGUCUUGCACCUCACAAACACCAGUACUAUAUUAACGGAACGGCGGUAGAAAAUGUAGAAAAGCACAGAGAUCUGGGUGCAUGGACGACCACAAAUUUAUCGCCAUCAGAACACUGAGGAAGGAUGGUCCAGAAGGCAACGAGUACUCUACACCGGAUCAGACGUGCAUUUAAAAUGUUUCCUCUCAAAAUCUUUAAAAGACUUUUUGGCGUCUUUGUAAGACCCCAUCUGGAGUAUGGAAUGCCAGCAACUUCACCAUGCAUGAGGAAGGAUAUGGUCUUAUUCGAACAGAUGCGACGAACAGUGACGAAAAUGGUUGACGGUCUAAAGCAUUUGUUUUACCAGGAGAGGCUGAAUGUGCUUGGCUUAUUCCCUCUCUCUUAUAGGCAAAUAAACUGCAGUCUAUUCCGGACAUUCCGGAUUUUCCGCGGCCAAGGUUGGUCAUUAACAACGGCGGACUUCUUUGGGUUUCCCCUUACAAAAUAAUUACGCGGUCAUCCCUAUAAAGUCAAGAGUGAGCACACGCGGUUAAAUCAUGCGAAGUUUUGCAUUCAGUCAGCGGGUCGUCCGACCGUGGAACCCUCUUCGAAGCGAGAUGGUGACGGCUGACACGAUUAGCAUGUUUAAAAGAAUACUCGCUUGUUUAAUUUUCGACAGAAAUCGGCUUUUACAGCAUGACUACCCGCAGCCCGUUCUGUAAAACACGGUCGUAUACAAUCCCUCCGCACUAAUUUACAGUGAUCUGAUGCACUUCCUUAUCAUUACGAUUGCAUUAAGACCCGAUCACAUUGCAGAUGCCUGCGAUUUUAUUUUCAGUGCGAAUUUGCGAAAGCGCCGUACAUAAAUAAAGUCAUCAAGGGCUCUACCGCUAACCCUGCAAAUAUAUACAUUGAUAUACACACACAAAUCUAACUUACGCAAGCACCUUACACUGGAAAAUAUAAAGUCACUUUUCGCGGCUUUACUCCUCAACUCUCGGCUUCUUGAGUUUGAAAAGGGUUCUCCUGGGAUUAAUUGCUAGCUCAAGUGGAGACCCGUACUCAUAUUUUUACAACCCACUGUUUCGAAUUGGUUUCUUCAUCAAUUGCUAUCACGCCUUCCCCAUAACGACGGAUUCGCGGCCCUUGAUGUCAUCUCUUCAUUUCGAUCCGAAGCAAUCUGUUGUAUUGGUCAAUGUGUGAGAUUCUCCACGUCGUCUUCGCAAGUGCUUCUAUUUUUGGCUCCCCGUUGAAAUUCCUUUUUCCCCUUCUGUAACCCUCUUUCGAGGAUGAUCCGCGCUGUUUUAAUGACUAGUAUUAAAUUCUGACCUUCGACCGGAUAUUUGAUUUACUCGAAUAGUGACAAAGGAUUUCUUUGACUAUGGUGUCCAAUGGUUGAUGUCUGUAUGUUUUCUCGGUAUUGGCUUAUUCUAUCAAUACUACCGUAUAUAAACCGAAAUCUGUUUUUGGCUUAUGCGCAUCGCUCAAACCAGCAAAGCAUUCUAUACUUUCUAUUGACGAUCACGCCGGAAUCCUCUGCUUACGGCAUCCGCUAGUAGCUUGAUCGGCCAGCAAAGAAGUGCCGUGGCCGCAUCUCGUUGUAUGCUUUGUCGACCGCACCAGCCUUCAUUGUCCCCUCCCUGGCUGUACUGUAAGCUAGCUGUGACUGAUCGCGUUUGGCUUCCUCUUGGAUGGCCACUUUGACGCGGACAGCCUUAUUCGUUUUAGGAAUUUCGCCUUGAUGAUAUCAGUUUAUGAUCCAUAAAAAACAACCACAUGCAAGCCAGUCCUGUCCGACCCACAUAUUUACGUUUUCAUGAGCAAGAGGUUUUUCUCCCUAAGAGUUAAUUAAAGCACAGUUAUUUUGUCUUUUUCGAAAAAUGAGUUUUUUAUGCUUGGCAACCGUUUUUUCACGUCGGACUGCUCAUUCUAUAAGCGUGAACUGAAUUCUGCGCAGUCCGUUUACUUGUUGUCGAAUUCGCUUAAAAAUUCGUUUUUACUUGCAAUGGUAGUUAUCGUAGGAGUACUUGAUAUAACAACUUAUUUGCUAUUUAUUUAUUACCCGAAUACUAAACUUCGAUUCUCGGUUCGCAGUGCUGGACGUCCAGCGUCUCAAGCAGUUGCACAAGCACCUCGGUUAUGGGUCCAAAUUUCAGCAAACUAUUUGACGCGUCUUGCAUUUGCUAAUAGAUUGUAUGACAAAAUUUUAAGAACCUAUUGAGGGGGAAUUCAGGCGCUGAAGGACAUGGACGGCGAAACGAAUUUCUUGUCGGUCGGUGCACUGGAGUGCCUUUGAGCGAUACAAUGGCCUGAAAAGUAGAGCACUCGUUGUGUUUUUUGGGGUUCAUAAAACCAGAUCAUGAACAUUUCUCGAGCUCUUUCCAUGCGUCGCUAGAUCGGCGUUAUUGAACCCUAAUUCACUAUCAAACAGUUAUUGCAUUAAAAGUGGCCAUCUUCCGUGGGAGUGGGGUUUUUGACGUUGCUAGGUGUGCGGUAGCAUAACGACUACAUCCUAUAAACAAGGUGACUUUUUGUUCAUGAAUUACUUACAUUUACUGGUGGCUUCAUGAAUGGAUCGGAACUGUAGGCCAACAAAGUGCUUCUCUGAGCCAUCACGUCUACAUAUCUGCAGACGUCACCAGCUUUACAAAUGCCGGGAUAAGGGGUAAAAUGCUGACAAGGUCAAAUUGGUGAUGUGUUUGCCAAAGUACCCAAAAGGCGACUCAGAACUAAAGUUUGAGGAUUUAUGUAGACAACUUUUCAAUUCCAUUAAAAAACCAUAAAUUUUGAUUAAUUUUGUCAAAAUGUGGUCACUAUCAAACCAUCCACAGAGGAUUUUAUCCGAGACCUCUACACAAAUCAAAAUCCUAUGGACUAUUUCAAACAUCUAGCGCGCAUUUGGCCUAGGUGUCAUACUUGGAAAUCUAUAUUUAAGGAUCCGCUUACCUUAUCGUUACCUCAUCCAGCUUCAUCUUCAUAUCACCUCCACUUAUUCACCGAGGAAAGACUAGAUACCCUGCCAACACAUGGCCCCGCCUUGUGGGUGUGGCCAAGCGUGGCUGGACGCGGCCAUGGCCGCGCCAUAUUUUGAGAAAUUUCAAGAGUCGUUUCAGCCGCUUAGACGAAAUUUUCUGUGUUUUAAUGUUGCGCAUUUGCCUAAAUAUACGUUAAUUCACCCAGAAAGUGCCCUGAGUCUGCACUUCUUGGGGAAUUAUAAUUUGCCUGGAUAAGCCGAUUAGGACGCUUUUGUUUAAGUGGGCCACUUGGACGCCAUUUUUCUACUGCUCGAGCGGACGCUCGCGACAAGGUGGUACGUUUUCCCGCGUCGAUUUCAUGUCUAUCGCGUCUUUAUGGUCUUACUUACGCAAUUACUAAUCUCUUUUAUGCAAUGCAAGUAGGUUUACUAACUUACUUACAAUUUUAAUCUCACAGUGAGCGUUUCAAGUGCAGUUCAAUUUUUUUAACUUGCUUUAUACCCAUCAAUGAAAGCAAUCAUGAAGCGCAAGUAUUAUGGCUUCCAUCGGAGCACAAGCGGAUUGCGCGUGAGAAGAAGGCAUAUUAUGCGCGGAUGGCGGAUCCCUCCGUUCCCUCUACGUCAUCGGUCGUAGACCAACCACCGGAAAUAGAAAUGCCCAAAUUAGUCCCAGAAGUUUGCACUGGUAGUCAUCUUACUAUGUUACUCAAUAGCAAAUUUAGAGCCAGUAGACAUAAGCGAGGACGCGGUCGCAGGCAAAUGCUUUCUGGCGGAUUUACGGGAAUUCUGCUUGGAGGCCCAAAUGCCACUAUCCACAACAAAGAAGUUGUUUCGGAUGCUGCGGCCCUACCACCCAGAAAUACCUAAAGACCCAAGGACGCUAUUGCAAACGCCUCGGACCUGCAUUAGCAAGCCCCUGAACAAACGCAACUAUGUUCAUUUAGGUCUUGAACGUGGUCUGCUGGAUCAACUGCACAGUCUGCCCGAAACAGGCGUUCCUGAAAUGCGCAUCCAACUGCAUAUCGACGGAAUGAAGAUAUUCAAAGGUUCUAAUCAAGGCCUGUGGCCGAUUCUUGCCCGCGUUCGCCGUCCAGUUGUUGGUCAGCCCUUCAUUGUUGGAGUGUUCUCCGGUCCCGGCAAAUGGUAG